AUGUCACGCAAAGGCUUCUUCACCGCAGAAGACGCGAAGGCGGCUUUCAACCUCUUCUGCUGCGUCUACGGCAUUGGAACGCUUGGUAUGCCCGGUAACUUCUCGCGUGCCGGCCCCUUCAUCGCGAUCAUCGCCAUGGCCUUCAUGGCCUUCGCCAACGUCUAUGGCGCGGUCGCCAUUUGCCGUGUCAUGCUGCUCGCCCCCACGUCCGUCAAGACCUACGGUGAUCUUGGAGAGUGGGCAAUGGGCAAACCCGGCCGCUAUCUGUCGGUGGUCUCGCAGAUGGCCAACUGCCUGCUCGUGCCCUGCGUCUUCCUGGUGCUGGGCGGUACCUUGCUGGAUGGCCUCUUCCCGGGUGCUUUCAGCGCGACGACGUGGAUCAUCCUCAUGGCGCUCACGUGCCUACCCGU